AUGUUUUUUGUCGUGUAUCUCCUCCAGGUUUGGCUCCUAGUCCUGGCCAAGGAUGACAAAGGAGGUUGGGAGGAGAGCGUCAAUGAGGAGGGGAAGAAGGUCCAGACCUUGAAGAUUGAAGCUCCUGCCAUGACAGAAGAGGACCAGUACGGGUACAACAUGCCAGACCGCUACAAGUGCGACUCUUGCCGAGCAAUUGUGCAUCACCUGAACGAGGCUCUCCACAAGCAGCAGCCGAAGAGUCGCAGGCUCAAGUCCUGGGAGUACACCGACCUCUUUGAGGAGACCUGCCGCUCUGCCUUCGAGGGCUAUGGUAUCAAACUGGUGAAUGGCGAAAAUGUCCUUAGUGGGCCGGGGCUCAAAGACAAUGUGGAGCUUCAGCCGGGCAUGGGAGCCAUCCAGAUGGGUGGUGAAAACUGGAAGAAGCGUUUGGCAGAGGAAUGCCGGAAGCUGAUCUUCGAGCAGGUUGGCGAAGAUGACUUCUACAGCUUCCUAUAUGGAAAGUUGAAGGACGGUGACUCGCUGGAUGCACGAGACUAUUGCACCAAAGAGGCGGAGUACUGCAAAGCUCAGAAGUUGGGUCCUGAAGCUCCAAAGGAGGAGAAGAAACCCAAGGCCGAGCUCAUUGUUUGGGUGCAAAAGUCAGUCAGAGAUGCCUGGCAUUAG